AUGCUGAUUUUCCUUAUAUGGCUAACCAAAAGUCUUGAAACAAUUUAUUUUAAUGAACGAUCAAAUCAAGGAUAUUUAAAUGCAGGACCUCAUGAGUUUCAUCUUUAUGGUGGAGCUGAAGGUGAUUCAUAUCUUAAUGGGACCCAUCAAAUCAAUAAAGGUGGUCGAGGGACAUAUAUUAAAUUAUAUCUUAAUGUGAAAUAUCAUGAUAUACCGUAUGAAGUCAUAGUUGGAGAAAACGGAAUUUCUCAUUUAAUUGGUCCUAGCCAAUCUGGUUUUCCGAAUGGAGGUCUUGCUGGAAAAUCAUUGGAAGAGAAAAACGUUGUUGGUUCAGGAGCAGGAUCAACCGUUCUGAAAAUCAAUAAUCAAGUUGUAGCUGUUGCUGCUGGUGGUGGAGGUGCUGUGAUGAAUUAUAGUGGCUCACCAGGUGGUGGUAUAAAUUAUAAUUAUGUUUUUGUCAAUAACAGCUUGCAGAAAAAUGAAAAUCGAUUAUUUUUUUCAUCAAGUGAAUUCGGAGGCAAUGGCACAUCGAGUGAAUGUAUUCCAGGUUCUGGUGCAGGUGGUGGAUAUCUUGGUGGCAUUGGAGGCAUUGGCACAUGUAAAUUUCCAUACACAUCUGCAUUAUCAACUAGUGGAAGUUCGUUUAUAAAUACAAAUCUGAAUGCUAUACGAUAUUCCUAUAAAAUCGUCAUGGACGAAUUACACUCAUAUGCAAAUGAAAUGAAUAAGAUGAUAUAUUCAAAUUGUGGAUAUAUGUGUGAUCGUUGUAAUGGAAUUCGUCAAUGUGAUUUAUGUGCAUCAGGGUAUAUUUAUUCACCAAAUUUUAGUGAUUGCUGUUCUGUAUCAAUAAUAGAUAUUGUAAAACUUCCACUAAAUCACAGAAAUUUGAAUGACUAUUAUACGCCAAAUUUUAAUUGUUCCAAGAAAUGUCGGAUAAAUUCUUAUAGAAAUAAUGAUUCAUGCAGAUCUUGUAACGAGCACUGUGAUUUUUGCGAUGAUAGCGGACAUUGCCUUCAAUGUUCUGAACCAUAUUAUAGAAAAGAUUAUCAAUGUGUUUCACAAUGUGGUGUUGGAUACUAUUCAGAAUAUAUCGAUGAUAAUGGUGAUUACCCAAUAAAAAUAUGUGAGAGAUGUCCGCAAUAUUGUAAAACUUGUGAGUGUGCAAAUUCAUGUAAAGUAUGUUCAGAAGGAUACAAAUUGAAAGAAGAUUACUGUGUUGAAGAUUGUGGAGACGGAUUCUAUGAAUCAGAAGGUGUUUGUCAUCGAUGUCGCGAAGGAUGUUUGAGAUGUUCAGAUUCACAAAACUGUCUUGAAUGCAACUCACCAAACAAACUUAUUAUUGGAAACAAUUUUCGAAUUUGCAAAAAUUCGAAGUCAAAACGUAAGAAUAAUCACUCUUUAUUAACAUUAUUAUAUAUUAUUACUCAUAGUAAAAAUUUUUGA